CAGCUAUUCAAUACAUCCAUCAAAACGCAUCAAUAACACACUCACUUUCCUGUACCUAACCUAAGGGAAGAUCGAUGAUACUACAUACCUGGGGAAGGGAAAUCUAGGAAAGACACUGGAUCAUAAUUAUUAUCACAACAGCGCUCUUCGUAUAAAUGCGCGGGACUCAAAUUUCCUCUCUCAUGCCGUAGCCCAAGCAUUCAACGCGACCAGCGAUUCCCACGAAACUAUGCCGGCAUCAUCAUGGAUACCACAAACGCGUCAAAUACGCUCCACCGUCUCGACACCGCGAACAAGAUUGCUAUAGCGGACUUGAACCCCGAAAUUUCUGACCCGGCAUCUCGUGCUGUGCGCGGCGUGGUUACUAUCACAUGGCCCUAUAACUCGGUCAAAGGCACAUUUGCUUUUAUCCUCGCCGAACCUGACUAUCGUCUUCGUAGAAAUAAAGGCCAGGUUCGCGUCAAUUUAAACGGUGCAUCUGCUAAGGCUGCUGGAGAGAGCGGAUUAAGUAGUGGUGAUGAAGUUCUUCUGAGUUUGGACGGAGCUGAGUGGGAACUUGAACAAGUCAAGAAGCGCCAGAGUUUGCCAGGCGCUGGGAUCGAUUGGCAGUUGCAAUUCUCAGAUAAGUUCUUGGCUCAGGUUACCCUAAUCGAGGCUGGAGAGUCGAGGCUCAUUAAUGUCGACCGCCCCCCUCCUCCUCUUUCUCCUCCAACGGAGCUACAAAAUCGCACUGAAACGCCGUCGACCGAAAUAGUUCCCGAAGACCUUCCCCCUAAAAUACUCGAAGCGCUCACACCACCUAGCAAAACUUAUAUCGCGAAGCUUAAGGAUGGUGAAUACGAGUCUCCGGCUUUCGUCAAAAGAGCUCGGAUGUCGUAUGGGUCCCUGUUCGAAGAUGGAUACGAUAUAUUCGAGGAUGAUGGUGGAGUGAGAGGGAGAGGCCGAAAAAGGUCAAGAUUUGGUCGUGAAAGCGGUGCAUGGAAAUAUACCAGCCAGUCUCCCAGUCCUGAACCUACUUCACCCAGUAUGGCUGAUGAGGGAUGUCAAACCAUGGAAAUCGAUUUACCAAUGCCCUUAUCUGUGCAAACAAGCACUAACAACGAGCCACAAUCGAGUUUUGGAUCGACGUCAAGAGUAGAAUAUUUUACCCACCCCCACCAAGGCAUGGUCGACCAUGGUGUUCAAGGGGACGUCCAAGGCGAUUCCCGCAACGAAUGGCCGGUCACAACACCUUCAUCGCUCUUACCGCCCGGCGUCGGCGGUGAGCUUCGCAGUAGUGGCCUUGAACUACCGACAUUCCACUCUACUAAUGAGAUUCAUGUGCCCAAUGAUGUGAUUCAACAGUGGGAUACUCCGCGCAUGAAUCUUCCGCCCGAGGGCUACUUACAUCCUAAUGAACCUUCAUCAACUGAUAUCUUUCCGAAUAAUUUCGAGGCCAGGCCAUCUGCGGGACAUGAUGUAAUAGGAUCUGGAAGCCAUGUACACUCACCAAACGAAACUGAUCACCUUGCAAUUGAGCAUGGAGACCACCAUCUUAGCGAGGGCCCAGCAACCGAUGAGCAGGGCUACCCAGUUCAAGUUCCACAGCAUAACACGGACUAUCCUCCGCUAGGCCUUGAAGAUGAGGAGGAAAGCACUGCGGUAUCUACAGGGGCACAUAUCGAUUAUCCACCUUCGUAUCUAGAUAAUAAUCACCCCUUUCCCCAAGAGGCUAUGGAUAUUGGUCAUGGAUCGUUCAGCACUAGCGUUCCUGUAUCUGGUAAUUUGGGAUCAUCGUCUUGGGCUGCGGUCAAUAACCAGUCUCCAGAAACAUCGAUGUCUCAUACCGGCAGGCUGAGUAGUGCGGAGGGGAAAUCUCCCGAUACUGCGGUGGUUAUAGACGAGAGUGACUCGGAUGACGAACCGCCACCACCCACUGCUGCAGAGGACACAGUCAUGACCGGCCAAGCUGAUCCCCUUGAAAUGUAUGACGAAGCGGAAGUUGAGGAUGAAGUGGAUGCUGAAUAUUCGGAUGAAGAUGAGCCUGAAUACGACCAAGACGAAAUAGGUGGCGAUUAUGAUACGAGGAAGUACACCGCACCAGAUGACGACGAAGACGAUAGUCACGAUGAAGACUUACAACCCCACGAGCUAGAACCCGAGUUCGAUGAUGGCGAAAGUUGGGACGAAGGGGAUGAAGACGCCGAAAAUCUCGACUAUGAAAGCGCAUAUGAGACUGAUGACAAUGGCGAUGAGGAUCGAAAGCCUGUCCGGCCAGCUUCACAAGCUGCUCCUCAGGUCAUAGAUCUCAUUUCAUCCUCAGAGGAUGAAGGGGAUGACGACGAAGUUACCCAACCAGAAGCCGCCCAACUAGUUUCUAACAGUGUAUUACAAAUUCAAUCGAAAGCAACACCGGAAAACAUACCAAAGCAAGGACCUAACCGGGUUGCCGAGAGUGAAAACGAAAGUGAAAGUGAGGAAGACGCCGACGAUCGUCAGGAUAAUGGAGAACAUAACGAUGAGGAAAAUGAAGAGGAGAUGAACGAUAUUGAAGGAGAAGAGGAUGCCGAAUCGGCCGAUUUAAGUGGAAAAUCUGAAUCGGAGCCUUCAGAACGCGAACUCCAGGACGAAGACAUGGAGGAAGUACUUGAAGAAGAACUCGAAGAAGAAUUUGAAGAACUUGAAGAAGUAGCGCCAAGUGCUGAAGACAGUGAUGGGGCCGAGUCUAUCGACCAUGACUCUAAACACACGCCCGUUCUUACUUUAACUUCGCGUCCUAGCGAGACUAUGGUGCACCGAAAAUCAUCACCCGAGCCUAGCGAUGUAGGGUUGACACGCACCCAGGACGAUGAAGAGAGAAUGGAUGUAGAAGGCAAGGAAGAAAAAGGAGACCGCGAUGCUCCACAAUCCGCAGCUGAAGGACUCGAGAUUUUGAGCCGCGCAGUCGAAAACGAGUCGAGCAACGACCAUCGUGCUGAGUCUCCCGGAAGGGUACAAUAUGAGCAUGCCGCUGAUGCUGUGCUAUCUAGGGUUCCCGAACCCCUUGAGGAACCUAAAGAAGCACCAAAUGAAGAAAUAGGAGGGCAUGAAUCCGAUAAUGCUCCGGAGGAUGAGGAAAUGGUUGACAUGGUACCCAUCUUACCGGCUCCUGCUUCUACCACAGACGAAAAAAUACAGGCAGAAGUUACGUCACCUUCAUCCCCUUCAUUGACACAAUCAUUUGUAUCGUUACCUACUGGGGACAAAAGCACGGACGUCGUGUUGCGAGAGACCACUGCUGGUACGGGAUCUCAAACCCUGGCUGAUCAACUGCCAACGCCUCGAGACACACAGCUUACCGGCGAUAAUACAGUAUUGGAAUCCGCGACAGUCAUUUCUAUGGAUGUUGAUGCGCCAGAUGCGGAAAGCAAUGCGAUGACACUUCUAUCCGUUGCUGAGCAAGUAGUCAACAAGACAUCUUCAGUGGUUGAAGAUGCCGUUUCUGAUACCGAAGAGCAGUCUGCCGAACCUACCACAGACCAGCUGCAGCAGACUCGCGCAGAAGAAAUAUAUGACGAAACCACACAACCAAAAUACCCGCUUCAUUCUCCGAACUUAUCCUUUCAAACUCAGGUUGAUGCCGAUGAUAUGGCUUCAGCAAGCUUUGUCGAAUCCAUCACCGAGAUUGUAGUCGAACCAGAGACCAGGAGUGAUACCCCACCAGAUGUCGAGGCUAGUAUUUCUCGUCCCAGCCUGUCAUUCAUAUCUCAGAUGGAGAUUGAUGAAGAAUUGCAAGCUAGUAUCAUGGAGAAUUCUGAAUUUGACGAGGAUACGGAUGUUGAGCUGAUAGAUGAACAUGAAAUCCAUAAUCAGGUCGAAGACUACGAUGGCGAGGCCAGUUCCAUUGAAAGCGAGGAUGAAGUUCGCACAGAGGUCGGAAACCAAGAUCUCGUUUCAAGAGAACCGUCUCCAGAUCUUGGAACGCAGAUAGAAGAUCAGCGCGACACUACGCCAAGCAUUUCAGCUGACGUUGACGCUGAUUCUCCUCAGGAAACAUCACCAAUAGAUCCGAGCGUGCAGCUUGCACGCAUUGCCAAUUAUUCUAAGAGAAAGGCAAAGAACAAUGAUGUGACCAAGAUCACUUCUUCAGAUGAGAGAAACGUGCGUACCCUUGAAAGCUCAUCUCCUAAUGUGGAAGAUUCGAGUGUACAACUAGCUCGAGCUUCUGUAACCAGAUCCUCCUCGCAAGGGGAGGACGAGAGUUACUCGACGACAGCUGCGAAACUAAAACUUAUGCGCCAUCUCCGGGAUGAAUUACCCGACUGCACUCCUCUCAAAGUUUUACGACAGCAUCUUCAAAAGAAGCUGGACGUAAUUGCCGUCGCCAUGAUGCAUCCGCCGGACCCACAAAGAGCUAAGGGCGGCCCGCGCGAAUUCAUGAUGUCCUUUACCAUUACCGAUCACUCGAUUGGCCCUUAUUCGGUUGUUGAAGCACAACUAUAUCGGCCGCAUAAGGAGACGCUGCCGAUUGUCAGGGCUGGCGAUAUUGUGCUUCUCCGCAACUUCACGGCAGUCUCACUCCCGGGCAAAGGUUUCGGCUUACGCACAAACGAUGAAUCGAGUUGGGCUAUUUUUGACCAUGAUGGCGAACCACCUCAAAUCAAAGGGCCUCCCGUCGAAUAUAGCGAUAAAGAGACAACUUAUGUUGCACACAUGAGAGCAUGGUACAACUUAUUGGACGAGAAAGCGAGGACGAAGCUAGAAAGAGCUAAUAAGAAGAUAAUUGAUGCUGGCAAAUCCAAGUAGGGAUAGAAUGGACUCAACUCUCUCGCUACACUCAACAUCAGCAUUGCUGUACUUCGCCAUGGCCAUUCUCAAAUUCUCUAUGUAUUAGGUACCUAUUUAUUCAUCGUUGGCUUGCAUUUUAGUUAGGAGUUAGGAAAAGGAGGCAUAGCUCCCUAUCUUAUCAUAUGGGAAUGGCAGAUGGCAUAUUGAGGCAUUGGGCUUAAUGAUAUAUAGGUACGCUACCUUAGGUUAGGUACUUAAACUACUAUAACCUUUUCACUAUUAACAUGAUUGCAAUGUACGGGCAAGGUGAGCUUGACUGCCCAGAUAGAUUAUGGCUACCAGCUAUUGGGAUGUAAUUAUUUGGGUGCCCUUGGUACCAAUCUAACUAGUAGGCCAACAUUUUUAAUCCACUUGUUACU